CCGUCUUGCCACAAAACAAGGGUAUUGACUAUUGAGUUCCAAAAAAAGACAGGGAGAGUGAAAAGCAGAGGGAGAGUCUAUAAAUAAGGGUGAGUGGUUAUGGUGUGCUGUGCAUUUUGAAAAUUCCCGCAAAUAUUUGCUCGCAACAGACAAACAUCCAGCGCAGCAUCCAACCGCCUGUCCCCCCCUUUCGCUAGAUAUCAAACCCCUCCGCCGCCGGUAAUCCUAGGGUUCCGGUGACAAUGAUCCCGUACGGCUCUAUCCCGGAGGCCCAGGCGGCGCUCGCCCGCAACCUCACCUUCGCCGAGACUCUCUGGUUCAACUACUCCGCCACCAAGUCCGAUUACUUCCUCUACUGUCACAACAUCCUCUUCCUCUUCCUCAUCUUCUCCCUCGUCCCUGUCCCUCUCGUCUUCCUUGAACUCAAGCGCCUCUCAUUCCUUAACCCCUACAAGAUCCAGCCCAAGGUUCGCUUGUCCUUCGACGAGAUUUUCAGAUGCUACAAAGACGUCAUGCGCAUGUUCUUCUUCGUCGUCGGUCCUCUCCAGCUCAUCUCAUACCCUUCCAUUCAGUUGAUUGGGAUUAGGGCGGGGUUGCCAUUGCCGUCGGGGUGGGAGAUCUUUUCGCAGCUGCUGGUGUACUUUCUGGUGGAGGAUUACACCAAUUACUGGAUCCACCGCUUCCUGCACAACCAGUGGGGUUACGACAAGAUUCAUCGCAUUCACCAUGAGUACGCUGCUCCCAUUGGAUUCGCUGCGCCCUAUGCGCACUGGGCCGAGAUCUUGAUCCUCGGGAUACCCUCCUUUCUCGGCCCUGCCAUCGUUCCUGGCCACAUGAUUACCUUUUGGCUCUGGAUUGCCCUGCGCCAGAUUGAGGCCAUUGACACUCACAGCGGGUAUGACUUUCCCUGGAGUAUCACAAAAUAUAUUCCGUUUUAUGGUGGUGCUGAGUAUCAUGAUUACCAUCAUUAUGUUGGAAGACAAAGCCAAAGCAAUUUUGCUUCAGUUUUCACAUACUGUGAUUACAUCUAUGGAACUGACAAGGGUUAUAGGUAUCAGAAGAAAAUACUUCAGAAGUUGAAGGAAGAUUUGGCAAAUGGUGUUGAGCAGAAAGGAGAAUCAUACAAGACUCAGGAUUUAAAAUCUGACUGAGGCUGAAGCAUCCAAAAUUAUUGUAGACAUAUAUAAUAUAUCUGCUGGUGGUAAAAUAGAUGUCUUUGGUUAGCUCCAGGGUGGAGAUUAGUAGAACCGAACUUUACAAUUUGUGAUUGUGUUAGAAGAGCGGGGGAGCGGGGGGAGUUUCUUCUAUUGUCAUGUUCUGGAAUACAAACAUUUGGUUUUGGUUCAUGUCUGUCAGAAUUUUCCUUCCCCAAUGAGUUGUAAAUUCAGAAAUAUGAAAUAUAGGCUUCCUCUGCAUGAAUGUGAUUCCAAAGUAAUAAUAAAUUAUGGAAGUUCGGUUAUAUGAA